GCUUGACACAGGCGGGGCGGUCCCACCGCCCCCCCCGGCCCGUCACCAUGGCGACCGCCGCCGCGUCCUGCGGGGCGGAAGGGCCGCCCUCUCGCGAGACGCCGGGGCCGGGCCGGAAGGAGGCGCGUGUUUGAAGGCGGCGGCGGGAGGGGCGGCGGCGGAGCUGGGUAGGGGAACCAUGAAGUCUGUGAAACACUAGAAGUCAAGUGGAAUGUUUAGAUGAUUGUCAAAUCUUUACUUUGAAUUUGAACCAAGAAAACAAGGAAACUGGUAGAAAAUGUCACCUGGGAAAAUUUUGCAACCUGCAAUGAAGAUGAAGGUAGAUGAACUCUUUUUGUGCUGGUUGAGUCAGCCUGCAACUCAGUCGACAAUAAAGGACUGCUUGAGAAGAGUCAAGAAUGAGGAGAAAACAGAGAUUGGUAAUGCAGAUUCAGGAAACAGUAAAAAUGAGAGGUUCACUAAUAAAAAUUCCAAUUCCAAGCAGUCCAUAUUAGGAGAUACCAGAUUGCCUUUAAUGUCCUUCAGUCCUCCUCAGCUUUCUACUACUCUUCCAUUGGCAACUCCAGCUACCUCAAGGAGCAUUUCUAAUGUUAGAGCAACACGUCAAUCCUCAAGAACAAAAGUAGUUCAGACAAAGAAGGAAGAAACUUUGCCACCCUCACAUAGUCAAAACAUUCCAACUUUUUAUUUUCCUCGAGGAUGUCCUAAGGAAAAAGUGAAUAUAGAUGCUGUGAUUGCCAAAAUUGAGAAAACUUUCUCUGAAUUUCCAAAUGAGAGGGCAACAUUAGAAGAUAUGGGGAAGGUUGCAAAGGCUUGUGAAUGCCCACUUUACUGGAAAGGUCCCUUGUUUUAUUGUGCUGGAGGUGAACGAACAGGAUACGUGUCGGUUCAUAAAUUUGUUGCAAUGUGGCGGAAAAUACUUCAGACCUGCUAUGAUGAUGCUGCAAAGUUUGUUCAUCUUCUUAUGAACCCUGGAUGUAACUACUUGGUGCAAGAAGACUUCAUUCCUUUUUUACAAGAUGUGGUGAAUAGUCAUCCAGGCCUUUCAUUUUUAAAAGAAGCGUCUGAAUUUCAUUCUCGGUACAUUACAACAGUCAUACAGAGAAUAUUUUAUACAGUAAAUAGGUCCUGGUCUGGAAAAAUAACUUGUAACGAGCUCAGGAAAAGCAACUUCUUGCAGAAUGUGGCAUUAUUGGAAGAGGAAGCUGAUAUUAACCAGCUGACAGAGUACUUCUCAUAUGAACAUUUUUAUGUUAUCUAUUGCAAAUUUUGGGAGCUGGAUACAGACCAUGACCUCUAUAUUGAUCGGAAGGAUUUAGCUCGUCAUAAUGAUCAUGCAAUUUCAAAUAGGAUGAUAGAGCGGAUCUUCUCAGGGGCAGUAACAAGAGGUAGAAAAGCACAAAAAGAUGGGAAGAUUAGCUACGCUGAUUUUGUCUGGUUUUUGAUAUCUGAAGAGGACAAGAAAACACCAACUAGCAUUGAAUACUGGUUCCGCUGCAUGGAUCUUGAUGGGGAUGGUGCUUUGUCUAUGUAUGAAUUGGAGUAUUUUUAUGAAGAACAGUGCCAAAAAUUAGAUAACAUGGCCAUAGAACCUUUGCCAUUUGAAGACUGUUUAUGCCAGAUGCUGGAUCUUGUAAAGCCACAACAUGAAGGAAAAAUUACCCUGCAUGAUUUAAAGCGAUGUAAGUUGACAAAUGUGUUCUUUGAUACUUUUUUCAACAUCGAAAAAUACCUUGACCAUGAACAGAAGGAUCAGUUUUCUAUGUUGCGGGAUGGUGAAGGUGAAAGUCCAGAGGUCUCUGACUGGGAGAAGUAUGCUGCUGAGGAGUACGAUAUCUUGGUAGCAGAAGAGGCAGCAAGUGACCAAUGGAAUGACGGGUAUGAAGCAGAACUGAAUCCUGUAGACCAUCAGAAGGCCAAUGUCCUAAAGUAUCAAAUGGAGAAAAGACCAUUUUUUGAAAUGCCUUCCCAUCUGGCUGAUGUAGACUUGGAUGAAUAUGACUAUGAAGAAGAUUUUGAGUAGAGGUUACUUAUGGUCAACACUUGCAGAAAAGAAGGACAGUCUGCAGCAGGUCUGCUACACACCAAUACGUUUCAGUGGGGGUUGUUUCCUGGAAGUCAGCUUAGUUUUGUGCUAAAAAUAUUUAAUCACUACACUACCUUCUAAGUAAAAGAAGCGUAUUUGUAUGGUAUGAUGAAAAUUUUUGUAUUUAUUCAAUAGUUUAUAGUUUUUAAAAUAGAUUAAAAUAUUUAUUUACA